GCUCUUGAUGUUGAUGUGGGUUGUGUAUACAGUUGUUUUAUAUUUCAGUUACAUUUAACCUUGUUAUUCCUUUAGUUUUAUUUACUCCUGAACAUGGCUUCGUUAAUUAGAAACUGUUUAACCAAUCAACUUUUCAACCGUGGUCGGCCUAGAGAAUUGGUUUCUUGUAUUUUCAAACGUAACCUCAAUGUCCAUGAAUAUGUUGGUUUAUCCAUAUUACGAGACAAUGGAGUAAAUGUUCCUCGUUUUGGUGUCGCCUCCAACCCUGAUGAGGCGUCUAGAGUAGCUUCCUCUGAGCUACAAGGUAUUACUGAUUAUGUCGUGAAAGCUCAAGUUUUGGCCGGUGGUCGAGGGAAAGGAUCUUUUGACACUGGACUGAAAGGUGGUGUUAAAAUAGUCUACUCUCCUGAUGAAGUGAAAGACAUUGCCUCAAAGAUGAUUGGAUUCAAUUUGAUUACUAAACAAACCGGUGAAAAAGGAGUACCAUGUAAUAAAGUGAUGAUCUCGGAAAGAUUGUACCCUAGAAGAGAAUACUAUUUCGCAAUCAUGUUGGAAAGAUCUUAUGGAGGACCUGUUAUUUUGGCUUCUUCUCAAGGUGGCAUGAACAUUGAAGACGUUGCUCGAGAUAAUCCAGAUGCAAUUGUCACAGAGCCAAUUGAUAUUGUUCAAGGAAUAAAACGAGAACAAUUGGAAAAAGUUGCCUCAAAAUUGGGAUUUCAUCCGGACACAUCAGCACAGGCUAUAGAAAUUAUGGAAAAGUUAUACAAUGUUUUUACGAAAUAUGAUGCCUCAAUGAUCGAGAUCAAUCCUCUAAUUGAAGACUCGUCUGGUAAUGUUUACUGUUUGGAUGCUAAAUGUCGAUUCGAUGAUAAUGCAUCUUACCGACACAAAGAGCUACACGAACUUCGCGAUUGGUCUCAAGUUGAUCCUAAAGAGCAGGUUGCCUCCAAUUACAAUUUAAAUUACAUUGCUUUAGAUGGAGACAUUGGCUGUCUUGUUAAUGGAGCUGGUCUAGCAAUGGCAACUAUGGAUAUUAUUAAACUUCACGGAGGUAAUCCCGCAAAUUUCCUUGAUGUUGGCGGUGGUGCAACAGCUGAACAAGUCACUGAAGCUUUCAGACUAAUUUCAUCAGACUCCAAAGUCCAAGCUAUUCUUGUAAACAUUUUUGGCGGUAUUAUGAGGUGUGACAUUAUUGCUGAGGGUAUUAUCAUGGCUGCGAAAACUUUAGCCCUUAAGAUUCCAAUUGUAGUUCGACUCCAAGGAACUCGAGUUGACGAUGCUAAAGCUCUAAUUGCAGCUUCAUCUUUAAGAAUAUUGGCUUGCGAUGAUCUUGAUGAGGCAGCAAAAAUUGCAGUCAAACUUUCAGCCAUUGUCGGUCUUGCUCGAUCUGCAUCAGUCGAUGUUAAAUUUGAACUUCCCAUCUAAUUCUAGUUAAAAAAUAGAAAUUAUGAUUUUUAAUUGUUUUUUUGUUUGUGUUUCUUCACUUAUCAACACUCCACCACAAUUCCUGUUCAAGUUGUUAUUUGUACUCAUCAGACAUAACAAAGAAAAGGGCAUUGGCAUGGAGAAGCAAAUUAUACAUAUAUUAUAUAUACACAUCCAAAUUCAGAUAAAUCUUGAAAUCUAUGGAAUAUUGUUAAAGAAACUAAAAUUAUCAUUAACUUUCUAUCUUUUUUUCGAUCCCAUGCCUAUUUCAGCUUAAAUCCAGUGUGUUGAACUCUUUGAUUAUAGAGAUGUUGGCUUUUCUCAUAUAUGUCUUUGAUUCACCGAUUUUAAUCAAAUCAUCUCAUUCUCAUUGAGCACACACAAAAUUACCUCAUAUUGAUUGAAGAUUACAUUAUGAAAAAUUGACCUCCGAGGGCUAAAAAACAUUGUAAUAUACAGAUAUAAAAAUAUUAUUAUAAAUAACAGUCAUUUUAUUCAAA